UAUCACGUUGCAGUUUGUCUGAGCUUCCUGAUGAAAUAUUACUAAUAAUAUUGAAAAACUUGGAUUUUAUGACGUUAUGCCGCAUGAGUUAUGUAGAUAAGCGCUUCAAUAAUUUAAUACGGGACCCUGAACUCUAUACACGUUUAAACAUGAAAAUUAAGUUUCGCAAAAAUAUGCGCAAUAUAUUUUGUUGGUUUACAGCUAGAUGUAAACAUUUGCGACAGUUAGAUCUUACAGAAAGCGUAUUUGGUGUUAAGGAUUUCGUAAACUUUCUUGAGAAUUGCGGCAGGAAUUUAACGCACUUAAGAUUAAGUGACUGCAAAUCUGUUAACAGUUAUGUUCUACUUAAAAUUUCAGAGAUAUGCAAAAAUUUAAAAGAAUUGGAUCUAAGUGGUUGUGAACGUAUAAAUGACGAAGGAUUUUCGUAUCUUGAGAGGCUAAAUGGUUUGGGAAAUUUAAACCUUUGGAAUACUUAUAUAAAAACUCAACGCCUUUGCAAAAUACUGCGAAAAAAUCCACGGAUGCGUGAGUUACAUUUGUUGUCUAUGAACGGUUUCAACGGUUUAAACAUAGACGCAAUUGUAAUAGAGUUAAGAAAUUCGUGUCACAACUUGGAAGUAAUAUAUUUACCGCAUAGUUGUAAUCUUACAUCGCAGGGUUUGUACGCCCUCGCUGACUGUAAGAAUUUACGAAAAGUGACAUUUCCCCACUUUACACGCCUAAUCACUGAUGAUAGCUUGGACAGAUUUCUUUCUUCCAUUCAACGUCUGGAAGAAAUUUGUUUGCGCUUUGUUGACCUUACUGAUCGCAAUUUGGAAUUGCUAGCGCAGUGCAAAAAUUUGAAAAUGUUAUAUUUUUUAAAGAGAUAAAAUAUGACAACCCACAAUCAAUUUAUAUAUUGCGAGAGUUGUAGUCGAUAUCCCUAUGUCGGCAGAGUAUCCGUAGGAGAA